AUGUAUAUCACCGGACUUAAAUUUCGACUAUCUAGGAAUGCAAGUCGGCCGGGACUAGGACUUCUUGGAAGUCAGACCAGCAUUCCCAAGGAGUGCUCGCUCUCGGCAAGACUCGACACACGAGAUUCUGAUUCGGAUUCGGAUUCGGAUUCUGACAUUGCAGACUAUCCGUACAUGUGUUCGUUAAUGUAUUCCGGAAGUCACACGUGCGGCUGCGUGAUCAUAUCAGCCAGUACAAUCCUGACGACGGCGCAGUGUGUCGAUGGUAGAAACCCAAGCCUGUUGAAUGUUAUUGUUGGUGAGACUGACGGGACAAGCUGUGUCGCUAUUCCAUUACAAGACGUUAAAGUGCAUGAAGACUUUAACACUGGAAUCUACAGAUCCUACAACGAUGUUGCCAUUGGUAACCUGGCGAGUCCGCUUGACUUGUUCAACCCUCUGAUCGAAGCAGCAACGUUGGCAAUAGGACCAGACGACUUUAUUGAUCAGUCCUGCGUCUUCACCGGCUGGGGCAGCACCAACUCAACCACAAGGUUUCCCGAAAUUCUUCAAAAGGCCAAUUUGACCGUUAUAUCUAACGACGGCUGUCGUGCUAAUUUUAGUACCAUCGACAUUGGUGAGGGCCAGAUCUGCGUACACGACGACGAUAAAACUAUUUGUCUGGUUAGUGAAUAA